ACAUAUACGAAUGCAUGUAAAAUUAGAUAAUCAAGAUGAAAGCAGUCGCGCGAGAACAAAGUUACGAUGACAACGUGGUGGCGGAUCAGCAGAAGCGUUUUAAUUGCGUUGUGGUUAAUCGUCAUUACGGGAACCCCUCCACCAGCAUUUGGUGGAAAUGUGCUGGCUGUGUAUCCGCACUUUGGUUUCAGCCACUUUAAGGUGGUGAUGCCCAUACUCAAUGAACUGGCGAGGCGUGGCCAUCAGCUCACUGUGAUCUCGUAUGUGAAUCAUCCCCAGGCGGCGGAGUGGCCCAACUACGAGCAGCUUUUGAUCUCCCAGGCAGGCGAGGAUCAGUCGAGCACCACCAUCAAUUUGGUGCCUUUAUCGGAACACACACCGACCCGAUCUUUGCUGACUCUGUUUUGGGAAUACAUUGCUCUCCAUUCGGAGGGCCAAGAGUCCUGUGAGCGCCUCUACGCCAGUGGCCAUGUGGAGACGGUCCUCAAGCGCCACCAGACGAAGCCCUACGACCUCCUGCUCACGGAGUACUUCAAUUCCGAUUGCCAGCUGGCUUUGGCGAAGCUAAUGGAUCUGCCCAUCAUUGGCUUGAGCACGUGUGCGCUAAUGCCCUACUACUACGAUCGUAUCGAUCUGCCAGACACACCCUCCUUCAUCCAGUCGGAGUUUGUGGGAUUUGCCGGUGUCCUCAGCUGGGACGAGCGUCUGGUGAACUUCAUCCAAGCAAAGAUGCUAAAGCUCCUCUACAAAUAUCACUCAAUUCGGGCGGACAACGCCUUAGUCCGGAAGCAUUUCGGCAUCGAUGUGGAUGUUGAUGAAGUGGCGCGCACUCAGACCGCCUUUAUCUUUGGCAACCAGCACUACUCCCUGAUGGGCAGUCGUCCGCAGUCCCGACAAUUCAUAGAGGUGGGCGGUGUGCACCUUACCAGCCAGGCGGAGCAGGAGCUGCCUCCAAACAUUGCUCAGUUCCUCGAUCAAUCGGAGGUCCCCAUAAUCUUCAUCAGCUGGGGGUCUAUGGUUCGGAUCUCCAGCAUCGAUGCGGAUAAGCUUGCGGCCAUUGUUGAGGCUUUGGAACGGCAGCCCUUGCGCGUGAUCUGGAAAUGGGAGGCGGAUGAAAAACCUAAAAUGGACUCUACUAAAUUCCUGUUUGUGAAAUGGGCUCCACAGUUGGCACUUCUUUGUCACCCCAAAGUGGAGUUAUUCUGGGCCCAUGGCGGUCUUCUUGGCACUACAGAAUCGGUACAUUGCGGAAAGCCUAUGUUGGUUACACCCAUCUAUGGCGAUCAGUUCUUGAAUGCCUUUUCCGUGCAAAAUCGAGGAAUGGGAUUGAAGCUGGACUAUGAAGAAAUCAGAGUGACGAGCGUAACGCAGGCCCUCAACGAACUGAAUAACACGAGCUAUGCCACUCGAUCACUUGGCAUCUCCAAGAUCUUUAACCAGCGUGAAAACAGUCCCCUAGAAUCCGCCAUCUGGUGUGUGGAGCAUGUGAUCCAGCAUGGUCUGCUGGCUGCCGAAAUGCUCCAGUCCCCAGGCAUAGAACUCAAUUGGUUCGUCUAUCACUCGCUGGAUAGUGUGUGCCUGAUCUUCGUGGUGCUGAUGGUACUGGCCUACAGCCUGUGCCACUUUUCUGGUGGUAGUUCAUCAAAGUCUUUCAAUGGCAAUCGACGCAGGAAGUCAAAGAGAUCUUAAGGCAAACUAUGACAUUUCUUAUAGCAAUAAAUAUAUUAAGAAAAAAGCAA